AACCGUAAACUUGAAAUGCAAUCCAUUUAUAUUUAAAUAUUUUUAACUUUUUUUUUAUACAUAUUCAAAUUUAAAUUAAUAUUUAUUGAUAAAAACAAAUCUCAGUUUAAUCUUUAACGAAAAAUGUGGUGGCUCGAUGGUCUCCAAUGGGCUUUCAAAGUGGUGCAACGGAAUUUUUCAACUGUUUUGACAGUUGUCAUGAGUCUGUAUGUAGUUCGUUGGGCAUAUGAUCGCUAUCAGCAGCUGACAAAUGGAGAAGAAAAUUUGAUUGGCGAAAAUAGAAAUGAAAAUAGAAUCGAACAAAAUGAUAUUAGUAGAAGGGCAAACAAAAGCGACAGUCCUGUCACUAGUACCUCUAGUUCAGAUGAAACAGUUAAACGUAAAUAUCAACCACAACAACAGCAACCAAAAAUACAACAGCGAUCCGAACAAAAACAAGAACAAGAACCAGAACAACAAUCACUAUCGAACAAAAUAUUUAAAAUAAUGGGUAAUAAAACUCUAAAAUCUCAAAGUAGUGAGGACAUCAGCAUGGUUAAAAAUGCCAAAGCCAUCAGCGUACCUAUAACGCAGGGUACAAAUGCUGAACACACUUUAUAUCGCGUUAAAUACGGUUCCACCGUACAUAUUCAUCCCGAUGCUGGUCUAUUGGGACGUGAAAUCGUUCUCUAUACGAAUUAUCCCCAUGACGAUAAAAAAUUUAAACGUACCGAAUAUAGAAUAUUACAUUGGCAUUUGAAAAGUGGUAAGAAAAUAACUACCAACAAGUAUAAUUCAUUACAUGUGGUGGAUACCGAUAUUUAUACGGAACUUAACAUGAAUAUGUCGGGUACAUUCCGCUUUUGGUAUCAUUUUAAAGAGAAUGUAAAACAAGAAAUGGCAGGUUCUCUUUACAUACAAGUUGAACCCAACUUGUGUGUUGGUCCACCCGGAGCACAGAAAAUCAUACCUUUAAAUUCAGUGCGCUGUCAAACUGUUUUGACUAAGCUCUUGGGUCCCAUUAAUACCUGGGAAUCAAAAUUGAGAGUAGCAAAAGAGUCGGGUUACAACAUGGUUCACUUUACCCCUAUUCAGGAAUUGGGUGGUUCCAAAUCGGCCUAUUCCUUACGUAACCAAUUGCGUGUUAAUCCUCAUUUUGCAUCUGGAAAGGGUGCUAAAGUCACGUUUGAUGAUGUGGAAACUAUUAUUAAAAAAAUGCGUCAGGAGUGGGGCGUUGCUUCAAUUUGUGACAUCGUUUUAAAUCAUACCGCCAAUGAAUCGGAAUGGUUGUUGGAACAUCCGGAUGCUACAUACUCUUGUGCUACUGCUCCGUACUUAAGACCAGCUUUUCUUCUUGAUGCCCUUUUGGCUAAAUGUGGUGAAGAUAUUGCAAGUGGUGCUUUAGAACAUGUAGGAGUUCCCAAAGUAAUAAAUCAUGAACAUCAUUUGGAAGGUCUUAGUUAUCAACUUCAUCAAGUUUAUUUGCCAAAAGUGAAUAUUCACGAAUUAUAUCAAUGCAAUGUCAUGCAUUACGUUGAGGAGUUCAUGAAGCAGACGAGAUUACGCGAACCUCCUACAAAUGUGUCAAAAAGCGAACGUUUUUCGGAAAUCCAAUUAAUUACGGAUCCCCAAUAUAAACGUUUGGCUGCCACCAUUGAUUUGGAAUUAGCCAUAGAUAUAUUUAAUGGUUUCCAUGGUGAUUGUUUUGAUGAAGAAUCGCGCUUGAGAAAAUGUUCAGAUGCUUUCCGCCGUCAUUUGGAGUGGUUAAACGAACAAGUUCGUUGUGAGAUCCAAGAUUAUCUAAACUAUGCUAUUGAAAAUUGUUUGGCUGGUAUCAGAUAUGAACGAGUUCAAGAUGACGGUCCCAGGGUUACUGAAAUUACCAUUAAACAUCCCGUUUUUAUGCAAUACUUCACACAAACUAAAGCUCUCGGCAAGACUUUGUUAGAAAUUGAGCAAGGCAUGUAUGGUAAAAUGGGAGAAUUCUUUAUGGCUCACAAUGGCUGGGUAAUGGGUUCAAGUGAUCCUUUAAAGGAUUUUGCUGAGGAACAGCCUGGUCGUGCUAAUGUUUAUCUGAAGAGAGAACUUAUAGCCUGGGGUGAUAGCGUCAAAUUGCGUUAUGGUCGUCGACCUGAAGAGAGUCCUUAUUUAUGGAGCCAUAUGACAGAAUAUGUUGUGACAACAGCUCGUAUUUUUGAUGGUGUUCGUUUGGAUAAUUGCCAUUCGACACCCUUGCAUGUGGCCGAAUAUCUCUUGGAUGCUGCUCGUGAAGUUAAUCCUAAUUUGUAUGUUGUCGCAGAGUUAUUUACUAAUUCAGAUGCCACUGACAAUGUGUUCGUUAAUCGUUUGGGUAUAACCUCUUUGAUAAGAGAAGCAUUGUCUGCUUGGGAUUCCCACGAAGAAGGACGACUGGUAUAUCGUUAUGGUGGUGAACCAGUGGGUGCAUUUUUGGAAAAUCCUAAUCGUGACUUGGCACCCAACAUAGCUCAUGCAUUGUUCAUGGACUUGACUCAUGAUAAUCCAUCUCCGGUUGAAAAAAGAACUGUUUACGAUCUCUUGCCUUCGGCAGCAUUGGUAGCAAUGGCUUCUUGUGCCACUGGCAGCAAUCGUGGUUACGAUGAAUUAGUUCCUCAUCAUAUUCAUGUUGUUGAUGAAGAACGUCCAUAUCAGGAAUGGGGCAAAGGCGUUGAUUUCAAGAGCGGUAUUAUAGCUGCCAAGAGAGCUUUAAAUAUUUUACAUGGCCAAUUGGCAGAAGAAGGUUUUACUCAGGUGUUUGUUGAUCAAAUGAAUCCAGAUAUUGUAGCAAUUACACGUCAUUCACCCACCACCCAUCAAAGUGUUAUCCUAAUUGCUCACACUGUUUUUGGCUAUCCUCAUCCCAAUGCUGGCCCUACAUUUGUAAGACCAUUACGAUUUGAGGGUUGUCUGGAAGAGAUUAUUUUAGAAGCUGACUUAUGCCUGAAGGGUGAUAAGCCAUUUGACCGACCAGCACCUCAUCAAAAGAAUCCAAAUGUGUUGAAUGGCUUCAGUCAAUUCCAAUUGACUUUAAGGGAACACAUACCCUUGUCUAAAUCACAAAUCUUCCGCAUUGUGCCCUACAUUGAUGGAAAUGUUACACAAUUGGAAAUUGUAAAUUUGAAACCAGGCUCCGUAGUGGCUAUAAGAACAUCUUUGAAACCAGAAUUACAUAAAAAUUUUGAGACAUUACAUACGUUUACCAAAUCAUUGCAUCAUCAAGAAGGUCCUUCAUACAAUGAACUAAAAGCAAUUGCGGAUAAGCUCGAUUUAACCGACCUGAACAGAGUUUUAUUUACUUGUGAUCAGGAAGAACGUGAUUCGGGAUAUGGAGGUGCCGCCUAUGAUAUACCCGAGUUUGGACCAAUAGUGUAUUGUGGUCUUCAAGGAUUUGUUUCACUACUUACGGAAAUCUCACCACGCAAUGAUUUGGGUCAUCCAUUGUGUAAUAACUUACGUGGCGGUGAUUGGAUGAUGGACUACAUUUCGGUUCGAUUAUGCCAUACUGAAAGUACAAAACCUUUGGCAGCUUGGAUUAAAUCGGCCUUUGAGCCCAUGAAAAAUAUUCCACGCUACUUAAUACCUUGCUAUUUUGAUGCAGUGGUCAGUGGUAUUUACAAUGUCUUGGUACAACGCGUCUAUCAAUUAAUGCCUGGAUAUAUAAGUGAUGGCCAUGAUUUCCCUCAAACCAUGGCUUUGGCUACUCUACAAUUCUUGGCCGCCUGCAAAUCAGCCAACUUACCACCAUUAAGUCCCGCUCUAACACCACCAAAACCACCACAACAAUGUGUUACAUUAUCAGCCGGUUUGCCACACUUCUCCACCGGCUACAUGCGUUGUUGGGGUCGCGAUACCUUUAUCGCACUGCGUGGCCUCAUGCUAUUGACUGGUCGUUUUAAUGAAGCCCGUUACAUCAUAUUAGGUUUCGGUCAAUGUCUGCGACAUGGUUUAAUACCAAAUCUUUUGGAUAAUGGCACUAAACCACGUUUUAAUUGUCGCGAUGCCGUUUGGUGGUGGUUGCAUAGUAUUAAACAAUUUGUUGAAGAAGCUCCCCAUGGCAAAGAUAUUUUAAAAGAUAAAGUUUCACGCAUUUUCCCAUACGAUGAUUCCGAACCUCAUGCUGCUGGGCAAUUCGAUCAGGUUUUGAUUGAUGUGAUGCAAGAGGCUUUACAAGUACAUUUCCAAGGUUUGCAAUAUCGUGAACGAAAUGCUGGCUACGAGAUUGAUGCUCAUAUGACAGACAAUGGUUUUAAUAAUCAAAUCGGUAUUCAUCCUGAAACCGGUUUCGUUUUUGGUGGUAAUCAAUGGAAUUGCGGUACUUGGAUGGAUAAAAUGGGUUCUUCAGAGAAGGCUGGCAACAGAGGACGUCCAAAUACCCCCAGAGAUGGUUCAGCAGUUGAAUUGGUUGGUUUGGAAUUGGCAGUAUUGCGUUUUAUGCAAUCUCUAUCGGAGCAUGGUGUUAUUGAAUAUAAGGGUGUGACACGCAAGGGACCAAAUGGCCAGGAAACGUCGUGGACCUACAAAGAAUGGGCAAAUCGCAUUGUCCAAAACUUUGAAAAAUAUUUCUUUGUUACCGAAACCGAAAAGGCACCUCUGGCCAAUAAGAAAAACAUAUACAAGGAUUCUUAUGGCGCCUCACAAAAAUGGACCGACUAUCAGCUGAGAUGUAAUUUCCCAAUUAGCAUGGUUGUGGCACCGGAAAUGUUCAAUCCUCAACAUGCCUGGAUGGCGUUGGAAAAGGCUAGAGAAAAUUUAUUGGGACCUUUGGGCAUGAAGACCUUAGAUCCGGACGAUUGGAAUUACCGUGGUAACUAUGACAAUUCCAAUGAUUCCACCGACUGCACUGUGGCACAUGGUGCAAACUAUCAUCAAGGCCCAGAAUGGGUAUGGCCUAUUGGCUACUAUCUAAGGGCACGUUUAAUAUUUGCCAAGAAAUGUGGUUUCUUAAAUGAAACUAUAGCAGAAACUUGGAACAUCUUGAAAGCCCAUUUGAAAGAGAUGCAAACAUCACCUUGGCGCGGUUUACCCGAACUAACCAAUGAAAAUGGUUCCUAUUGCAGAGAUUCAUGUCGCACACAAGCUUGGAGUAUCGGCACCAUAAUGGAGGUUCUUCAUGAUCUUCAUGCUUUGGGUGCUGAUAUUUAGAUAGAACAUCUUUAAUACUGCCUUUAAUAACAAGGUUGUUACAAUUAGAAACUAAUAUACCUCUGAAAUUUUAAUACAUAUUUAAAAUUAGUACAUAUUUAAUUACAAGUUGAACAAUUAUUCGCUUAUAACAAAGACACUGUUAGUUUAUUGCACCUAUAUUAUAUAUCGUUAGCUUAAAUGCAUAACCGUAUUUUACUAAAUUUCUCAGUAAACCAAAAACAUGUUUUAAAUCUCAUAUCAUUUAGUUUUCUACAAAUCAAUUUGAAUAGGUUUAUUGAUAAAUUGUGCAAAAGCUGUUAAAAUAUCGAAAUUUAUAUAAUUACCUGGUUUAUCAUUUGAGCUAACGAUAUGAUGUUUGUUACGAAAUUUGCUUAUAUAUAUUUCGAACAAUAAAACGAAAUUCUUAAUUAUAUUCUUAUGUAUGUUGUAGUUCACAUUUAAACUAUUGCUUAUUUAAGUUCUCAUAAUAAUUUUAUUUAAAAUUAAUAAAAACAAUUUAGUUAACUAAAUAGAAACCAAA